AUGAACACACGGACGUCGACAGCGACAGUGGCUAUGGGCCCCCGCCUCCGCCGGGAACACUCGAAGAGAAAAAGCUUGUUUUCCUCGUUUGGAAAUGCAAGGCUCAACUGGGUGACAUGUGACAAGGGUCACGCCGCGAAAAACCCCUGUUCAACGACCAACAAACUUGUCCGCGCACUCGACCGCGAAGCCUUGCUCAUUGUCUCGGCCAAGCCACUUCUCAACCAUUUACGGGACUUUUGGGGGUAUGUGAACCUGAUCUGGCGGCAUGAGUGGCCUUUUACGCACGACGGCGAAAGUGAGCCCAUCUCACCCGAGACAUUCUACAACGAUGAUGCCUGGGACACCAUCAAGACUGGCGAAGAAUUCAAGAAGCUUGGCAUGGCGCGACUACUUGGGCAGGUCCCCGAAUGCCUCGAUCUUACACGCCUUCACGAACUCGCCCUGCAACUUUCUCCCCGUGAGGAAAAGCUUCGACAAGAAUACAUCGCCUAUGUGCAGGGUGGGCGUGGACCAUUGUUUCUACUCCAUCUGCAACCAUUCCAAACGUUGCCAAGAUCAAGUACGGGGCCAUUCUUGCUCAAACCGCUCUCCGGCCACAACAUCUUCCAAGGCGCCACUUCCCAAGUACUAAAUGGUUCAGGGCUGAGGGUUCUUUCGCUUCUCACCACAAACAUUAGCUUCUAUCUAUUGACACAACCCAAUAGACGAAACGUCAAACAUCGUGGUGAUACAGAAGCAAUGAAGAUCCUAGCGGAGCAGAAAUUGGCGCACUUCAUGCCGAUGGACGGCAAUGAAGAUGAGGUGGGGGAGUUCAAACCCGCCGACGGGGGUUGGGCUCAACAGGGGUGCGAGGGACCAUAUCCUUUGACGACAUGA